AUGGUUGUCUCGGCGGAAGUAAUUCGAAAGGAUGCCGUAUUUUACGUCGCUUGGAUUCUUAGUAACGACGACUCGAAAAGCUGUCACGAAGAGAACUUUUGGACCAAUUUGGAUGGAUAA